UAAUAAUGUUUACUUGGUCCAAGUCAAUUCUUCUGCUUUCUUCCCACUGAGUGCACAACACAACAAUCUCACUCUGUACGUAAAACCUCCCUCCUCGACGCCCCUUCCUCCUCCCCGACGCCUGCCCCCCUCUCUCCGUCGGAGAUGAUUAAACCUCAGAUGAAUUGAUUAUGUCAUCUGUUACUUCUUCAACGGUUACUACAAGGGAAGACGUGUUGCAUGCAGUUUCUUUUGAAGAGCUGCUGCAGAAGCAGGACACUGACGCCAGAUUUUAUGAACUAGGAUUGAAUCUAUCUCGAAAAUUCCCUAGGUGGUGUAUUAGUGGCACUGCAGAGUGUGAGAACUAAGCUACUCUGAGGAACAUAAGAAAUUUUAUUAUCUGUGAGAAAAUAUCUGGUGACAUGCAGCAGGCAAACAGUCAACAUGAUGUCAGCCAAAAAUCAAACUCCUGCACACUGCCUGAGAAAGAACCGAGUGCAUUAUGGCUGAAACAGAAUUCUGAGAGUGGUAACCAUGCGUCACACUUGGAUGAGGUCUCUCCAGCAACCAGACGAGAACCUUAUGAUUCCCCUCAAAGACAAAGCUCUGAAGAAGAAAGAACUGUAUCUUGUGAGAAUAAGAAGGAUACAGCUAUGCUGAUGCAGAAACCAGUUUCAAAUCUAAAGUUUCCUGCACAGGACUCAAAGCCACCCCUGGUCUCUCAUCUUGUGAGAGAUGAGAGAACUCUGGCAAAGCUGCAGCCAAGGAGGAACUUGGAUGCUGGAAUUCAUAGGUCACCAUCUGAUCAAGGAAGUUUUCCACCUCAAGAUUUCUCUAAAAUCCUGAAAGAUGAACCUGAUAAUUUGCAUCUCAGACAGAGCCCUGAUUCUGGUGUCCAAAAUUCUGGAAAGUGUGAAGAAAGAAAUUCUUCGGUGAAGAAGGAGAUGGCUUCAGAUAUUUUGCUACCAGCACAAAUUCUCCAAGGGGUGCCUGCUUCUCAAUCUGAGAAACAGGAGCUGACUUCUUCCACCAGAGCUGAAAAAGCUGUGGAGAAACUGCAGCCCAGGCGAAACCCAGAAACUGGAGUUUGUAAUUCACAGUCUUAUCAAGUGGGCGUUCCUUUGAGUACAUCCAAAAAAUUGUCCACUAUACCGAAAGAAGAACAAGCACCUAAUAGUUUGCAGCCUAGACAGUGUUUAGAUGCUAGAAAUCAUGAAGUAGUGAGCAAAGAAGAAAAAUGUACUCAUGUGAAAACGGAGGCGGUCUCAAAGAAUUUGGUAAAAAUGUCAAGUGUAAGCGUUGGGGUGGCUGUGCCACAGUAUGAUCAAGAAAAGUUCACAUAUUCUACGAAGUCUGAGAAAGUGGAGAAAUUGCAGCCUAGGAGAAACCCCGACCCUGUAGUUCCGGGCUCUCAGUCUGAUGCUGAAAGCACUCCCUCUAAAGUACUAGAAAAAGGAUCAGAUGAUGGCUAUAACUGGAGAAAAUACGGGCAGAAGCUAAUAAAAGGAAAUGAGUUUAUUCGAAGCUAUUAUAAGUGUACUUACCCCAAUUGCCAGGCUAAAAAGCAAGUUGAGAAAUCGCAUGAUGGCUGUAAGACAGACAUUAAUUACCUUGGGCAGCAUCAUCAUCAAAAACCACAACAUAGUCCCCAAGUAACCUCUGCUUUUCAAGUACGAGUACCAGAGACACCAACUGCGACUGCAUCUAAAGCUGAUGCUGAGCCCAUCAUUGACCAUCACAUUUCGAAUCAACAUACGGCCCCAACUGAAACCUCAGGUCAAUCUACUGUUGCAAGAAGUGCUGAUAGUGUGGCCAGAAGUGCUCCCUGUUCAAACAAUGAUAGUAAUGAUAAAGAUGAUCAGCCUGACUCUAAACGACAGAAGAAAGAAAUUACUUCUGCAGAUGACAAUGGGCUGAAUAGACCUAAUAGUGAUUCACGGCAUGUGGUCCAAACUUUGAGUGAGGUUGAUAUAGUUAAUGAUGGAUACCGCUGGCGUAAAUACGGGCAGAAAUUGGUUAAAGGCAAUCCAAACCCACGGAGUUACUACAGGUGUUCUAAUGCUGGUUGCCCAGUUAAGAAACAUGUGGAAAGAGCUUCUCAUGAUUCAAAAGUAGUUAUUACAACAUAUGAAGGACAACAUGACCACGACAUGCCCCCUUCUAGGACUGUAACCCAAAGUAUAGCUAGGGAUGAUGCUAAUAUGAUGACCGCAAUCGGUGAGUCCAGAUCCAAACCUGAAGAGAACAAUCCCGUUUCCCUUGAAAUGGUUGUUCAUGUUAGUGCAAACUGAACAAGAAAUUCUUAUGCAGGAUUUCCAGUAGUGUCCUCAAGUUAGAUGCUGAUGCAGGACAUCAGUCAAAUUAUUAUCAGCAUGAUUCGCUUCUGUUAUCUUCUCGUUCUUUAUCAUUGUAUCUUGGGGCAGUGAGAUUUUUCUGCUUUUACAAUGGAGACUAGCUAUUGGAUAACUUAUUAAAUCUUUGCAGGGAGUGGAAUAACUGUAUUGAUUGUAUAAAUUACUCAAAUGAGAUGAUAAAUACAGUGUAGGUCUUCCCUAUUGUAAAUAUUCUUUGCUUAGAUGAUGUUGCCUUUUAAUCUGAGCUUAUAUUUGAAUA